AUGACAGGAUUUUCCAUCAUUGAUAAUUUGAAUAAAUUGAUUUUUUUAGCAAUUGUUAAUUCAGCUUUUGCUAUAGUACCAGGUAGAGAUGAUUGGUAUCUUGCUCCCUAUACUUACGAUGACGUACCACGACUCUUUGAACUGAAUAUCGGCUGCCCGUAUGAGAGAUUCUACUUGGAUUGCAACGAAUGCAUUUGUCAUUCGAAUGAUGCCGAGCCCAGAUGCACCUUAAGAAGUUGCCCUGAAAUACCACAAAUCGUUAAUUGGGGUGACGGGCAACGGUGUCCAGCUGGAAGACCUUUUUAUUGGAAGUGUAAUGAUUGUUUCUGUGGACCUAGUGGAAGAGAGGCUCUUUGUACUAGAAAGUACUGUCCGAACUAUGCCACAGGAGAAUAAUGGCUACGACAGUGUGA